AUGGUCGAUGGCACUAACUUCACGCGUAAGCUACAAGUUGUGAUCGUUAUCGAUCAAAAGGUGCAGAAGAAUCUCAGAGUCCGUGAAAUGGCGUUAAAGGAUGUGCAAAAUGUUGCAGAUACAUUAAAUGUCAACCUUACACAAAUCGAUUUUGAUCGAUUGGAUUUUGGAGAAGCAAAUGCUUUGGAUACAUUCUACAAUGCUGAUGUGGCAUUAGUGGAUGUGACUGUGCAACAACAGCAACCUAGUCUAUGUUACCAUAUU